AUGCUUUGGUUGCCUGGAUAUGUUGAGCAAUCUUCUGCGGGGAUGAUACCGGCGUCAUUCAGAAGCCUAACUCACCUGCGGUUCCUGGGGGGCAUAUUUGGUUUGAUUGCAAAGCCGAGUACCACAGCAAACAAGGGUAUAGCCGCUGCACAACAGACCAUGUAUGGCACAGGAAGGUGCGCCAGAAGCGGAUGCGCAACAGCGAGAACGCCGUCUCCACGCGCGUCAUGGGCGCCGACCGCGCCGUCCACCUCCUCCACGACCCUGACCCCGACCCCGCCCACCCGCUCCUCCCGCUCGCCGCCGCCAAGAUCCUCCGCGCCCUCGCACUCCAGGAGACCCCCGGCCUCCUCAUCCUCGGCAAGCAGAGUGCUCCCUCCAGGUGAACUCGCCCACCGCAGCGCCAAGGGAUUCGUCUCCGAGGACGAGUUCCUCUCCAUCCCGGAGUUCUCCACCAACCCGCUCUCCCAGGUAAGGAAAGUUGACAUGCUUGACGGUGUGACAAUCCCGCGGUCCGAGAAAGUAAAGGAUGAGAUCAUCCUCGAUGGCAAUGACAUUGAGCUCGUCUAUCGCUCUGCUGCCCUUAUCAACCAGGUACUGGCGGAGGCCGGGAGCGCCAAGGCGGUGGCGUUCGAUGAGAUCGACCUUAGUGCUUGCUGCUGACAUGUGGAGUAGAAAGCCACAGGAAUCACCAUCUCAACGGUGAAUGGAGCUUGUGUUGUUGGUAGAACACCGUUGAUGACUUCUUUCUAUGUUGAAGAGCAGCUAGUGUGGAAUAUUGUAUGUUGAUAUUCCAUUCUGUUCUGUGGUAUCCAAGAGUAGCUAGUGUGGAAUAUUGUAUGGUUAUGUACCUGAAGAAGUGCGUGGGCAUGCAAUAUUUGACGGUUAAACUGGUUGUUGUGAUGUGAACGAGUGUAUGGAGUUUCACAUGUUCUGUUCUGUACAGAAUAUAUUGUAAAAAACCUAUUUUGGUUGU